AUGGCGGUAUCUCAGGCCGCAAAUAUCGUGGAGAAAGUGAUUGAUCAUGAUGAUAACGCGACAAUUACCACCGAUAUAAGCGAUUAUAAUAAUGAAUACGGUAUGGAAAGUGGCCCUUUGAUCAAGGCCGCUAUCUGGCAGGGCAAGAAGAAGGUCUCUGUGGUCUCCGUAUUAGUGGAAGUGCCAAAGUCAAGAGUUAUCUCCAUGUCGAGGAUUACCACGGCGCUUAUGGAGACGGGCGUUCGUUUCAUCGGAAAUGGACAAUCUCCUGUCCAGAAAUACCGAAAAGAGUCCAUGGGCCUCAUCCAGGAAGGGAAAAUCAAUCCACUGGAUAUGGUGACACAUCGUAUGUGCCUGGAGGAUAUGGAGCAGGUCUAUGCAGCCUUGGACCGGCGAGACCGGGGCAUGCAGAAGAUUUUUCUGCAGACGAAGCACCCUGCUCCUCCUGCCAGGGCACCCACUUUGACCGAGUUGUAG